AUCCAUGGCACACCUCCUUGCCUGUCGCCAAUACUGAGACUUACAGCCCCGUCUUCCUGCCCCCUCCAGACCGAAAGCGGCCCCCGAAGCCCCGACUCAGCCCUCGCCGUUGGCCUUCCUUUCAGUGCUGGGCGUCUGGUCCUCUCUGUGCCUGCCCAGCCUCUCAGGGAGGUGCCUCAUGGCAGCCCGCCCCUCCGGCCUGGUUUCCUCAGGAAAAGCCUUGGGAGGAAGCAGGGAGGGGGUUGGGAGCUGUGGGGGCCAGACUGGGCUGAACCCUCCAGCUGCACCGGCUGCCAUGGGGCCGAGGCUGUUGUUCCCUCUGCUGCUGCUCUGGACCUGGGGAACCCGGGGGUCUGAGCUGGACCCCAAUGGGCUACACGUCUGCGUGGCCAGCAGCCCCUCUGCUGAGCUCCAGUGCUGCCCAGGCUGGAGGCAGAAAGAUCAAGAAUGCACCAUCCCCAUCUGCGAGGGGCUGGAUGCCUGCCGGCAAGACGAGGUAUGUGUGAAACCAGGCCUCUGUCGAUGCAAACCUGGAUUCUUCGGGGCCCAGUGCAACUCCCGCUGCCCUGGCCAGUACUGGGGCCCCGACUGCCGGGAGACCUGCACCUGCCACCCGCACGGCCAGUGCGAGCCAGCCACGGGCGUGUGCCGCUGCCAACCCGACCGCUGGGGCAGCCGCUGCGAGUUCCCGUGCGCCUGCGGCCCGCACGGGCGUUGCGACCCCGAGACGGGCGCGUGCCACUGCGAGCCCGGCUGGUGGUCGUCCACGUGCCGCCGCCCGUGCCAGUGCAACCCGGCGGCCGCGCGCUGCGAUCCGGCCACCGGUUCCUGCCUGUGCGAGCCCGGCUGGUGGGGCCGCCGCUGCAGCUUCCGCUGCCCCUGCCACGGCUCGCCGUGCGCGCAGGAGUCGGGCCGCUGCGCCUGCAGGCCGGGCUGGUGGGGCCCUGAGUGCCGGCAACCGUGCGAGUGCGUGCGCGGCCGCUGCAGCGCCGCCUCCGGCCAGUGCGUCUGCCCGCCCGGCUUCCGUGGCGCGCGCUGCGAGCUGCCCUGCGCCCCUGGCCGCUACGGGCCGCAGUGCCGCGACAGCUGUGGCCACUGCAAGCAGAAUGAGCCGUGCUCUGCAGACACAGGCAGGUGUGAGUCCUGCGAGCCCGGCUGGAAUGGGACUCAGUGCCACCAGCCCUGCCCUCCUGGUACCUUUGGUGAGAGCUGCAGGCAGCAGUGCCCCCACUGUCGGCUUGGGGAGGCCUGUCAGCCAGACACCGGGCACUGUCAGAGCUGUGACCCUGGCCGGCUGGGGCUCAGGUGCGAAGACCCCUGCCCAACUGGCACCUUUGGGGAGGACUGUGGCUCUACCUGCCCCACCUGUGUCCAGGGGGCCUGUGAUGCUGUGACUGGGGAGUGUGUCUGCAACGCCGGCUACUGGGGGCCCAGCUGCAACAUUUCGUGCCCAUCUGGCUUCCAUGGAAACAACUGCUCUCUUCCCUGUGAAUGUCCAGAGGGAACCUGCCACCCUGUCUCUGGGGCCUGCCAGCUGGGAUCUCGCGGCCAGGACGCCGCCCUCAUCGCGGGCAUCCUUGUGCCUCUGCUGCUGCUCCUCCUGGCCGUCGCCUGCUGUGCCUGCUGCUGCUGGGCUGCCCGGUUGGACCCCAAGGACAGGCCAGCGAGAGACGGAACUGCUAUGUCCAGGAUGAAGCUGCAGGUCUGGGGGGCACUGACUUCCAGCCUGGGCUCUGCCCUGCCCUGCGCGUCCCUCAGCAGCCACAAGCUUCCCUGGGUGACAGUCUCGCACCACGAUCCGGAGAUCCCGUUCAACCACAGCUUCAUAGAGCCGCCUUCUGCGGGCUGGGUCUCCGAUGACUCCUUCUCUUCGGAUCCCGAGUCUGGUGAGGAGGAGGGUCCUGCCUACUGCGUGCCACCCCAAGAAGGGAUGGUCCCUGUGGCCCAAGCGGAGUCACCAGAGGCCGGCCUGGCCGGAGGUCCCUUCCCUACCCCCGAGGAUGCCUCCACGCCCUUCGCCAUCCCGCGCACAUCCAGCCUAGCUCGGGCCAAGCGGCCCUCAGUCUCCUUUGCUGAAGGGACCAAGUUUGCACCGCAGAGUCGCCGAAGCUCCGGGGAGCUCUCCAGCCCGCUCCGAAAGCCUAAGAGGCUCUCCCGGGGGGGCCAACUAGGUCCCGAAAGCCAGGAGCCCGAAGAGGCCACAGGCCCAGAGCAAACGGAAACGGACGGGGCCCCGCCUGGUGCUCUUGGCUCCAGGGAUUCAGCCAUUGGCCGCCACCGGCUCCCGCUUGGUGGCCGGACGGUGGCUGAGCGUGUGGAAGCCAUCGAGGGCAGUGUCCAGCAAAGCGCAGGGUCUGUGACCACAAUCUACAUGCUGGCAGGGACACCCCGGGGAUCUGAGGGUCCUGUCCGGUCUGUCCUCCGCCGUUUUGGUAGCUUCCAGAAAGGCCAGGCAGAGCCCAGGGUCAAGAGCGCCAUCCCUAAGCCUCCACGCAGGGCCCUGAGUCGGAAUAAGGGCAGCACUGGGCUGGCCUCUGGCUCUGCCAGUCCGAGCUCGGGCUCAGCCCCAAAUGAGGAGGUGACCAGGGCCUCGGCGUCUGCAGGGACUGGGCCAGAGGAAGUGGCCGGGGGGCUGGGGGAUGGCAUCGAGAGCUCAGGGAGGGGCCAGGAGCUGGCCCCUGAGGGUGGCCGCCUAGACCAGGGUCCCCAGAAGCUGGCAGACGAGGGAGGCUGGGAGGAGCCCCAGUAUGAGAAUGUCACACCCAUCUCUGGGCCACCGGAGCCCUGAGGACCCUGAAUCUUGGGAGUGGGAAGACUGUGGACGGGGACGGGUGUCCGACCUGCCCCUGGAUCAGAUUGUGUUUUGUGCUGGAAAAAGAUCCCGGGACCAGGAAAGACAUGCCGGAGCCUCUGCCCUGCUCAGGGACAUGUCAGAGCUGCAGGCCAGCUGGCUCUGGGCCCUGGCAGUGCUCAGGGAGUGGUCUGGGAGGCCUGGGCAGAGACCCCACAGGAUGCUGUCAGGAAGGGGAAAGAGAUGGCUGCAGGGACUUUUUCUCUGUUGUCCUGGACUCUGUCCCCAAAGGCUAUUCUUUCCUUCAUGUGCAAAAUAAUUUUCUGAAGUGGGAAACAACCUCAAUGUUUGAUGGUAAAGAGGGGUUAAAGAACCCUUCUUUAUGAAAGAUUCCUAAACAGCUACAGUAAAUCAGGUUGUGGAAGGCUGUUUAACGUGGGAACGUGUUCACGCUGUACUGUUAAGGGUAAAAAGGAAGUUUGCCUUCACGAAUUUCAUCCCUUUGUGCCUCAGAAUACAUAUUUAGAACUCUUC